AUGUACGGCCACAUCCUUCCAUUACUCCGCACCCACGGCAUACUGAUACUGACUUCACAGAUCACACACUCCGAAUGGGCCUCGUCCGACGCAUACUCGGCGUCAGCAGGCGCAGGUGUCCGCGCCGACACCAGCGGCCAUGCCGCAUUCAAGAGAUUGCCAUUUAACUUCUGCGCGUUGAGUCUACAACCGUUCAACACUCCCGUGUGCACUUCCGAGGGGAUCAUUUUCGACCACGAGAACAUCCUCAGGUGGCUGCUCAAACACGACACCAACCCGACCAACGGCAAGCCUCUGAAACAGCAGGACCUUAUAAAACUGAACUUUGCGAGGAAUGACGGCGGAGAAUAUGUCGAUCCGGUUACAUUCAAGGUGUUCACAAAUAACACACACAUUGUGGCAAUCAGACAUGGCGACUCGGCCAACGUGUUUGCCUACGAUACCAUUGAGCGGUUGAACAUCAAACCCAAGACGUGGCGGGAUUUGAUGUCCGACGAGGAGUUCUCCAGGAAGGACAUGAUCACCCUCCAGGACCCGCAGAACAUUGAAUCGCGUAAUCUCAGCUCGUUCAAAUACCUCCGAGAAGGCGAGGAUUCGGGCAUUCCCAAGGAAGAAGCGUCGAUCAAUUCGGCCUCGUUGGGAAGUGCUGCGGAACUCAAGAUCAUCAAGGCCAAAGAAGCAGUUGCAAAGGCGAGGGCUGAACGCGCGAACGCUCAGUUGGCCCAGGCAAAAGAGAAGUCACAGUCCGGCAACCAUGUCAAGAAGUCGUCAACGGCCACAACCUCGAAACCUAUUCCAUACAACGCCACACAACAUACCACAGGACUUGCCGCCGCGUCGUUCACCUCGACGGGGAUGACGCCGCACACGUCGGGCGCUCUGGCACUGAUGUCGGACGAAGAAUACCUGCUCAAGCGUGGCCGCGUCAAGGAGAAGGGCUAUGUACGACUCUCGACAUCGGUGGGCGACAUCCACAUCGAACUAUACCCCGAGUACGCACCCAAAGCCGUGUGGAACUUUGUCCGGCUCGUGCAGAAGGGCUACUACAACGGGAUCAUUUUCCACCGGAACAUCCGCAACUUUAUGGUUCAGACCGGCGAUCCGACCGGCACCGGCCGUGGCGGAACAAGCAUUUGGGGCAAGACUUUUGAAGACGAGAUCGAGGGACCUCUGAAGCACGAUGCGCGCGGCGUCGUCUCGAUGGCGAAUAAAGGCAAGAACACGAACAGCAGUCAGUUCUUCAUCACAUAUCGACCUGCGACACAUCUGAACCUCAAACACACGAUUUUCGGCAGAGUCGUUGACGACGGCAGUUCGAUGGCCGUGCUGAAGAAACUGGAGGACACCCCGGUCGACUCGACUGACCGGCCGACGACGGAAAUCAAGAUCAUCGAAGCGGUGGUUCUUAUUGACCCGUUCGAGGAGUUCUGGAAGAGAAAGAAUGAGACGGAGAAGACGGAAAAACAAAAGGAACAACGACAGGAUCAAGACCGCACGACCUGGACGGGCAAGAGAAUCCGUGACGACGGGACCGUCGACAGCGGUGAUUCUACUGGAGGAGUAGGCAAGUAUCUGAAGGCGGCGCUAGCCAACAACCAUCCGCCGGAAGAGGAAGACGAAAUCGUCGAGUUCAUCGAUGAGCCUGAGGAGCCGGUGAGGAAGAAAACGAAGAGUGGAGGAUUCGGCAAUUUCGACAGUUGGUGA